CCGCCUCAGCAGCAGCAGUAGCGGGAGGAGGAACAUAUAAUCCGCUCGUUAAUGUCGAUAGCGACUCGACACGACAGAAUUUAACCGAUCUAUGCACGAAAUCGGACACUGUGACGCAUAUAUCUCCGGAGCCUGUAUGUGUUUGAGCGCGCGGUGUGUUUAGAGACGGAUAAACUGCGGCCGGGCCGGACGCGCGCGGAUGGGAUUCCCGGUGUAGAUGGAGAGACACGGAGCGUCGCUGCUGUAAAUAAUUCAACAUUCAACGAAAAUGCAUCUGCACCAGGUGCUGACGGGAGCUGUAAACCCGGGAGACUGCUGCUACUCCGUGGGAAGCGUCAACGACGUCCCGUUCACGGCCUACGGUUCAGGCUGUGAUAUUGUGAUCCUCGCGAGUGAUUUUGAGUGUGUUCAGAUUAUUCCUGGAGCUCAGAAUGGAAACAUUCAGGUGGGAUGUGUGGAGUGCUCUCAACAGCUGGGCCGGAUUGCUGCAUCUUAUGGAAAUACGGUGUGUAUUUUUGAACCAGUUGCUUCCAACCCAAACAAACGUCAUAAGCAACUAAACUACCAAUGGCAGAAAACAGGGCAAUUCUUCCUCAAUGCUAUAACCUACAACCUGGCCUGGGACCCCCAAGGUAAUCGUAUCCUGGCGGCCACAGAGCGUCUGCAGUUAUGGGCUCCACCCACCAAUGAUGUGUUAAUAGAGGAAGAGGACAGUCAGCUGACCGAUGACAGAGCUCAUGAACUCAUCCUCAGUGACUGGAAAUGUGUCUGGCAGUGCAAGACCGCUGCAGCUGUCCAGAUCACUAAAUGGUCUCCUGAUGGAGAAUACUUUGCCACAGCUGGGAAGGAUGACUGUCUGCUUAAGGUGUGGUAUCCAACCACAGGCUGGAAGUCUGCUGUGGUGAUGCCUGAUGUGUCUGAUAAAAAAGCUCCAGCAGUUCAUUUCUCGUUUGUGUAUCUGGCUCAUCCACGUACAGUCAAUGGCUUCUCCUGGAGGAAGACAAGCAAAUACAUGCCCAAGGGCUCGGUGUGUAACGUCUUACUGACGUCCUGUGCGGAUGGCAUCUGUCGAGUGUGGAGUGAGACCCUGCUGCCCGAGGACAGUCUGCUGGGUGGUCAGAUCUCAGACAACAGCACCAGCUUCAGCUCAUCGCUGCCAAACAUCGCUCAGAAAGACAAGAUACAACAUGCUUUGGAGUCUAUCCACCACCUCAAGCAUCUGCGCAGGGGCCGCCGGAGAUCAUCCGCCCUGGUGGCUCACACCGAGCUCCUGCCCAGCCAGCUGGGGUCCCACGAAGCCCACCGACACAUCUUGCACCACGCCAACGCCCUCUGCCACUUUCACAUCUCAGCCAGCAUCAACCCAAACACAGAUAUCCCAGCAGCCCUGGCCGGAUCAGGCAUCUUCUCUGACGACGCCAGCGGAGGGUUUGUGGUUCACUGGCUGAAUAAUAAAGAUCUCAGCUUUACCACUUCCAUGGAUCUGUUCAUGCAACAGCUGCGUAAGCUUUCCGAACAGCACAUGGAGCAGGCCGCCGAGGAAUUCGAGCAGGAGAUGACAACAAAGUUUGACUUUGAUCUGGAUGAGAUGUCUGAUAGAGGCUCAUCUGAACACGAGGAGGCCGACCAGGAGGGAAGUACCAAAGCCUCGUCUCCGGGUUCGAACAGCAGCGUUCCUCUGCCUUCCGUUCUGCUGGAUCGUAAACUAGAAACUCUCAUCCUGGAGUGGAACAAGAGUCCUGACAUGCUCUUCACCAUCCAUCCCAACGACGGCUCCUUUCUCGUAUGGCACGUCAAGUACCUGGAUGAGUUCAUACCUGGGAUCUUCAGGCAGGUUCAGGUAUCAUUCUCUUCUCGAAUCCCGGUGGCGUUCCCCACAGGCGAUGCAAACUCCCUGAGUAAGAACAUCAUGAUGUACGCGUGCACGUUCACCGAGCGAGAGAGCUACGCUGCUCUGGAGGAAAAGAGAAGUGAAGGUCGCGUACCUCAGAGCGCCUCCGCAUCCGCCGGGCUCGGGUCGCUCGGACAUUCCCUCGCCGCCGUCAUCGGCCCUGCCGUCAUGAUGGUGUCCAAACACGUGGACGGAUCGCUCAACCAAUGGGCCGUCACAUUUGCAGAGAAGUCCGCCUUCUCAAACGUCCUCACGGUUUCGCACAAGUUCCGUUACUGCGGACAUCGUUUCCACCUCAACGAUUUGGCUUGUCACACGGUCCUUCCCUUGCUGCUGACUUCAUCGCAUCACAACGCACUGCUGACUCCGCCCUCUGGGCCAGAUAGCGUUGACGAGGGCGUGCCCAUACAGCCCGCCCGGCCAAUGAGAGGCGUCUCGCGUAAACAGCUGCGUAACGCGGCCACGCGUACUUUCCACGACCCGAACGCUAUCUACAGCGAGCUGAUCCUGUGGAGAGUCGAUCACAUCGGCCCGCUCUCCUGCACGGGAGGCGUGUCCGAGCUAGCGCGAAUUAACUCGCUUCACACUUCUGCCUUCUCCAACGUGGCCUGGCUGCCAACUCUUAUACCCAGCUCAGUGCUCGGAACGUAUUGUAACUCGGCAAGUGCGUGCUUUGUGGCGUCUGAUGGUAAGAACCUCCGUCUGUAUCAGGCCGUGGUGGAUGCCCGCAAACUGCUGGAUGAGCUCUCUGACCCAGAAACUUCUAAACUUGUGGGUGAAGUGUUCAACAUCGUAAGUCAGCAGUCCACCGCACGACCCGGCUGCAUUAUAGAGCUGGAUAUCAUCACUAACCAGUGUGGUUCAAACACGCAGCUGCUCCACGUAUUUCAGGAGGAUUUUAUUCUGGGAUAUAAACCUCAUGAAGACAUUCCAGAUUUCACCAGAACCAGUUUUCCAUCAGCAGAAGAGUAUCAGCCUCCUCCGUUCUCUGAGAAGUUUUUCCUGGUGGUGAUCGAGAAGGAUGUGAAUCGUAACUCGGUGUUGCAGAUGUGGCAUCUUCAUCUGCGUUCAGUGCAGGCGUGUGUGGAAGAGCCGGUGAAUGACUUCGUAUUUCAGAACAAGCUGACGGUUCCUUCCAGUCAGAUGAACGCUGACUCGUCUCCUGAGAUAACUCCAGGUCAAAGUCCACUGCCCCGCUCAUCCUCUUCUGCCAACCUGCAGUCUGCCAGCAAACUCAUCCUGAGCUCAACACUGGUCUACAGUCAGCGGUUAGACCUGCCCCUGGGGGUGGAGCUUAUUAGAGCCACACCCUCUGCCGGUCAUUUGAGCUCCUCGUCCAUCUACCCUGUAUGUUUGGCACCAUACCUGGUUGUGACCACCUGUUCUGAUGGGCGUGUCAGAUUCUGGCGCUGUGGGGUGGAUAUGGACCCGUCAGCACCGAACCCCGAGGAAUCACGCUCGUAUCGCUGGGAGCCCUGGAGUCUGUUGAAAGAUGAAGAAGACAACAACAGCUCCGUGUCUGUUCCAGGCCGACCCGUCGCGGUCAGCUGUUCUUACACGGGACGACUCGCAGUGUCAUUCAAACAGAUAUCAUCUGGGGACGAAUAUGGGGCACCUCAGGACUUCUCCAUGCUUGUGUCGACCUACGAGUGCGAAUCGACAGGUGGCUCAGAGUGGGUGCUCGAACAGACCAUUCACCUUGAUGAUUUUUGCAAACCUGCGAAAAUGCUAGAUCAACGUGUUAGCGUCGAUAGCAACUUGGUUGUGUACAGCAAGUCGGAUCUGUUUGUAACCAAAGACAGCCCGAAUAUCAAACACUUUGUCCACCUGGACUGGCUUUCUAAGGAAGAUGGGUCGCACAUCCUGACGGUUGGGGUCGGAUCACACAUUCUCAUGUAUGGGCGCAUCUCAGGGGUCGUCACCGAGCAGACGGGGGUAAAGGACGGCAUGGCGGUCACUCUGCCUCUUGGUGGCAGUAUAAAGCAGGGGAUUCGCUCUCGCUGGGUGCUGUUAAGGUCAGUAAACCUCGUCUCUUCUGUGGACGGCACUCCGUCUCUGCCGGUGUCUCUUUCCUGGGUGCGUGAUGGCAUCCUGGUGGUGGGCAUGGACUGCGAGAUGCAGGUUUAUGCACAGUGGAGGCAGGAUGAAAAAAUAGAGGACUCUGAAGACAACGGCAUCUUUUCACCAGACGAGGGUCGAGGGCGAUCUAAAAGUGUGUUCGAGGGUGGGGUUGGAAUCGAUGAUGCGCUGCGCCCCCCGGCUGUGAUUCAAGAUGGAGGUUUGUUUGAGGCAGCACACUCUAUUUCGCCCACCCUCCCGCAGUACCAUCCGACACAGCUGCUGGAGCUUAUGGACCUAGGAAGGGUGAAACGGGCCAAGGCCAUCUUGGCCCACCUGGUCAAGUGCAUUGCCGGGGAAGUUGCCGUAGUGAGGGAUGUGGAGGCGGGUGAAGGUGGCGCUAGGCGACACCUUUCCCGAACCAUCAGUGUGUCAGGCAGCACGGCAAAAGACACCAUCGUUGCUGGACGAGAAGGUGGGCGUGAUUACACCGAAAUCAACUCUAUCCCGCCGCUUCCUCUAUACGCCCUUCUGUCCGCUGACCAAGACACCUCCUUUAAACCUGGAGAAGAGGCAGGAAAAGCCGGAAAGGGGGCGGAGCUCGAGACGCAGAAACUGUCAGAGGAUCAGUACGCCGACCUGUUUCAGGUUCAGGCCGUCACCACAGACGACUUUGUGAGCUUUGCCGCGGAAAAGCCGGAAAAGAAGUCUCGUGUGAUUAACCUGUCGCAGUACGGCCCCACAUACUUUGGCCCCGAGCAUGCGCAGGUGCUGUCUUCUCAUCUCAUGCACUCCAGUUUGCCUGGACUCACACGUCUCGAGCAGAUGUUCCUUGUGGCUCUCGCCGAUACCGUGGCAACCACCAGUGCUGAAGUAGCAGGACCCAUGGAAAAGCAGUACUCGGGUGGAGAGGCUCUAGAUGAGUGUGGUCUACGUUACCUGCUGGCCAUGAGGUUACACACCUGUCUGCUGACCUCACUGCCGCCCCUCUACAGGUUACAGCUUCUGCAUCAAGGCGUGUCGACAUGUCACUUCGCCUGGGCGUUUCACUCCGAAGCCGAAGAGGAGAUGCUGAACAUGAUUCCUGCCAUGCAGAGGGGAGAUCCGCAGUGGUCCGAGCUCCGAGCGGUGGGAGUCGGCUGGUGGAUCAGAAACAUUAACACGCUGAGGCGCAUGGUGGAGAAGGUGGCAAAAGCAGCAUUUCAGAGAAAUAAUGAUCCACUGGACGCAGCUCUGUUUUAUCUGGCUAUGAAGAAGAAAGCUGUGCUCUGGGGUCUUUUCAGGUCUCAGCACGAUGAAAAGAUGACCCAGUUUUUCAGUCAUAACUUCAGCGAGGAUCGCUGGAGGAAGGCGGCUUUGAAGAAUGCCUUUUCUCUUCUGGGAAAACAGCGCUUUGAGCAGUCGGCAGCGUUCUUCCUGCUCGCGGGGUCCCUGAAGGAUGCCAUUGAGGUGUGUCUGGAGAAGAUGGAGGACAUCCAACUUGCGAUGAUAGUUGCUCGUCUUUAUGAAGCAGAUUACGAGAGCUCCUCCACCUGUAAGGGGAUCCUGUAUGAGAAAGUGCUAGGCUGCAACAGAGACGGCAGUGGGUUCUCCUGCACCAGACUGCACCCUGACCCGUUCCUGAGGAGCAUCGCAUACUGGAUAAUGAAGGACUAUACCAGAGCCCUGGACACACUGCUGGAGCAGAUCUACAAAGAAGAUGAUGAGAAACCAGAUGUCUUGAUAAAAUCCUGUAACCCCGUCGUCUUCAGUUUCUACAACUACUUACGCACACACCCUCUUAUCAUUCGCCGACAUUUUGCUAAACCCGAGGGGUCCUUAGAAGCCGUCAGUCUAACAUCUGAGCGCAACAACGCCUACGAGAUCAACCUGAUCGAGCGCAAACUAUUUUUCACCACUGCCAAUGCUCACUUUAAGGUGGGCUGCCCACUCCUGGCGCUCGAAGUCUUAUCCAAAAUCCCCAAUGUCACCAAAAAAGCGUCAUCUUUGAGUAAAGGCUCGUCCGUGGCCAACGUCAGUGCCGCCCAACCGCAGGAGAACGGAGGCAAGGGUCUUGGCACUUGGGGUGCGGACUCAUCCGCCGGGCUGGAUUGGAGUCAACCGCUGGUUAAUUUGGAGGAUGAGGGUCUGCAACUGGACUGGGGUGACGAUAAAGAUGAAGAUGAGGAUGAGGAUGAGGAGGAGGGUGGGCUAACGAUGAAGAAGGCAGUAGUCGAGGAGGCAAAAAAGACGUCCGGGGUGCAGCGUGAAGACUCGGCGGGAGAGUCGGAGGUGGACGUGAUCGCUGAACAGCUGAAGUUUAGAGCCUGCUUAAAGAUCCUCAUGACAGAACUUCGGACUCUGGCAACAGGAUAUGAGGUGGAUGGCGGGAAACUGCGGUUUCAGCUCUACAACUGGCUGGAGAAAGAGAUUGAAGCCAUGCACCACAUCUGCAAUUAUAAGUUUGAAGGAAAGACAGCCGUAGGUCAGCUGGAGAAGUGGGGUGGAGAAGGAUCUCUUGACCUGGAGGACGGACAGUUUCGGGGUGAAACGGGUGCGUACGAGCGACACCAGAUGGAGCGACGGCGUCUGCAAGCCAAGCAGCUCCAUGCAGAGCGGAGAAAGGCGUGGUUGAGGAAGAAUCAAGCUCUUCUCAGAGUCUUCCUGAGUUACUGCAGUCUACACGGAGCCAAGGGUGGAGGAGUGACGUCUGUCAGGAUGGAGCUGCUUUUCCUGCUGCAGGAAUCACAGCAGGAAAUGACAGUGAAGCAGCUUCAAUCACCCCUCCCACUACCCACCACUCUGCCCCUGCUGUCGGCCAGCAUCGCACCCACCAAGACUGUCAUCGCCAACCCCGUUCUGCACCUCGGCAACCACAUACAUGACAUCCUAUACACCACUGUACAGAUGGAGGCUCCGCCACACCCAGAUAUACUGGACGACCGGGUGACAGCUCUACACACACUUGCUGCAUCCUUGUCUGCUUGUAUCUAUCAGUCGCUUUGUGACAGCCACAGCUACAGCAGUCAGUCAGACACCAAUCAGUUUACAGGGAUGGUGUAUCAGGGGCUGUUACUAAGUGACAGGCGGAGACUUCGCACAGAGAGCAUUGAGGAACAUGCCACACCCACUUCUCUCCCUUCACAGUGGCCAGGUGUGUCAUCUCUGAUCAGUCUGCUAGGCUGCGCACAGGGAGACGAUCAUUUACGUCUGAACGUCAUGCUGUGUGAAGCCGUGGUGGCGGUUUAUCUCAGUCUGUUGAUUCAUGGUCUCGGCACACACUCCAGUAACGAGCUCUUCCGGCUGGCCGCCCACCCUCUUAACAACCGAAUGUGGGCCGCAGUGUUUGGGGGCGGAGCCAAACUCAUCGUCAAACCCAAGCGGCCACCUGAGAUUUCACCAACGGUUCCUCCUCCGACACCUCCCGCUGAGGAUGUAGACCGGCAGCGGCGCAGGUUUAACAUGCGUAUGCUGGUUCCGGGACGUCCCGUUAAAGAGACUCCGGUCGCCCCGCCUCCUGUACCCGUUGAACGUCCCACUUACAAGGAGAAGUUCAUCCCACCUGAACUCAGCAUGUGGGAUUACUUUGUGGCCAAACCCUUCCUCCCUCUCUCCGACAGCGGCGCUCUGUAUGAUUCAGAUGAGAGCGGUGCUAGUGAUAAUGAUGAGGAUGAUGAUGAUGCCUUCCUCUCUGACACACAGAUGACUGAACAUUCUGAUCCAAACUCCUAUAGUUGGUCUCUAAUUCGCCUGGUUAUGGUCAAACUUGCUCUGCAUAAUGUCAAGACCUUCCUGCCCCUCACAGGAUUAGACUUCAUAGAGUUGCCCGUCAGGUCUCCUCUGACAAACGCUGUCCUGAAGACACUGGAGAACUGGGAGCAGAUUCUCGUGGAGAAGAUGAAUAAAUUUGACGGACCUCCACCGAAUUACAUCAACACUUUUCCCACGGACCUAAGCUCUGGCGGAGGACCGGCUAUACUCCGACACAAAGCCAUGCUGGAGCCCGAGAACACACCCUUCAAGUCAAAGCAUCAUCUCUCCUUUCCUGCCCGACGUCUGUGGCAUUUCCUGGUCAAACAGGAAAUGCUUCAAGAGACUCUGAUUCGCUACAUCUUCACCAAGAAAAGAAAGCAGAGUGAGUCUUUAGAUAAUCAUGUGGACCACCUCAUACAAAACUGCGUUACUGGAUCUCGCAAAACCAAAAAGGUGGAGGCUGAUAUGGGCUACCCAGGAGGCAAAGCUAAAAUUGUCCACAAAGAAUCUGAUAUUAUCAUGGCUUUUGCCAUUAACAGGGCUAACACGAAUGAAAUAGUGCUGGCGUCCACUCACGACGUCCAGGAGGUGGAUGUGUCCACCCUGCUCGCAGCUCAGCCUUACACGUGGAUCGGAGAGGAAUUUGACAAGGAGUCUCGUAGCUCUGAUGAUGUGGAUUACCGAUCAUCUCACACAAACAUUGCUCAGGCAAGCACCGGUCCUUUCGCUCCCCAACAGAUGGCAGCGUCCUCCUCUAUGCCCUGGCUGGGCAGUGGGCAGACCAGUUUGGGUGCCAGUGUGAUCAUGAAGAGGAAUCUGAAUAAUGUAAAGCGAAUGACUUCUCACCCCAUCUAUCAAUAUUAUAUGACGGGUGCUCAGGACGGCAGCGUGAGGAUGUUCGAGUGGAAUCGUCCGCAGCAGCUCAUAUGUUUCAGACAGGCAGGAAAUGCUCGAGUAACACGACUUUAUUUCAACUCGCAGGGCAACAAGUGCGGUGUUGCAGAUGGCGAGGGAUUUUUGAGCCUCUGGCAAGUCAAUCAAACUUCUUCGAACCCCAAACCAUAUUUGAGUUGGCAGUGUCACGGUAAAAGCUGUGGUGAUUUUGCCUUCAUCACAUCCUCUAGUCUGAUCGCAACAGCAGGACAGUCUAAUGAUGGCAGGAAUGUCUGUCUGUGGGACACUCUGGUCUCACCCAAUAACUCAAUGAUACACGCAUUCCCGUGCCAUGAGAACGGAGCGACGGUUCUUCAGUACGCUCCUAAACAGCAGCUGAUCAUCACGGGCGGCAGGAAAGGGUUCGUGUGUAUUUUUGACAUCCGUCAGAGACAGCUGCUUCACACGUUUCAGGCACAUGAUUCAACCAUCAAAGCUCUGGCCCUGGACUCCACUGAGGACUUCUUUGUCACCGGCUCGGCUGAAGGCAACAUGAAGGUCUGGAAGUUGGCAGGUCACGGGCUCAUGCACACCUUCAGCGCCGAACACGCUAAACAGUCCAUAUUCCGAAACAUCGGCGCUGGCGUGAUGAAAAUCGAAACCUGCCCGGGUAACCGGAUCUUCACCUGCGGUGCCGACGGGACCCUGAAGAUGCGAGUGCUUCCUGACCGGUACAACAUUCCGGCCAGUAUAUUCCAGAUCCUCUAACAGCGUGGCAGACGCUGAAACUAACGCUUUUAUGGGCACCUCCACGUUUCCUUAAAAUCUCACGCUGCAGAAAAUCUUUACCCCCUCCCUAAGAAAGACGCUGGAAAACGGGCAAUCGACUCUAACAAUCGACCGCCGUCGUUUCCGGAGUCUGACGCUCCGUAACGUGUUGGUAGGAAAGCUGUAUGCAUGAGCCGUGUGAAUCGUCGCAGUACAUUUGCAGGUUAUUGGUCGUGCUCUAUAAAUGUGCUGAAAGCUUCAUUUUUUAAGUGUGUACGUGUGUCCUCAUUUUGUGCCCGUUUUAGCAUUAAAUUACCAGCACUGUGCUUCUGCCGUCAGUGUGAGUCCAGUUGUUGGAUUUAGUUUUUUACUGUACGUUUUCUCCUUGGCUGCUAAUGUAUUUGCGGAGCGUAAAAUGGCACAGUACCCUGGUGGCCGGGCGCGACGCUGCGGCUCCAGAGACACAAACCCCCCUCCCCUCCACACGCGCACACAUACGCCGCUUGUUUUUGUAGCAGCCAAACAGCGAAACAUUCCACGCGAGGCGAUGACUUGCGCUGAAAGUCUUAUAUUUUACAAGCAAACGUUGAUUUUUGCACAUGAUAUUUGUUUGUUUGUUCGAUUGCUUUUUCUUCCUUUACAAAUUCUGGUAUUUAUAUUUAACAUAGAAAUAUAAGAUAUGUUUUAGAUGUCUGGGACAAAGUGCAACACUGAAUAGGUUUGUGUUUUAUUUAUUUUACAUAUUUAUUUUUUCAUGUUUUAUCUACUCUAAAUAUUUGCACUCAGAUCUGGGGAAACAAUAAAAUCUAACGUUAAAAAUGGACAAAGCUCUAUUAGAGGAAACUGUUAUAUACAAAUGAAUGUCUGGCUGUGUGUGGCCGAGUAGUUAAAAGUGGAAAUAGUUUUAAAUGAAUAUAUAUAUAUACAGUAUAUAUAUAAAUAUGAAAAUGAACUACGACAUGCUUGUACAAACACAAUGAUGCUUUUAGUUAAUUUUUUUGAAUUUGGUCUCACCUGCUGACGUAUUCGUAUAUAUUUGAUUUGAUGUAUGUGGUAUUUAUUAAAAUCAUAUUUGUGUUUC